AUGCCAGGGUCUCUCACCGACCCCAGAUACAAGUACAACAACACGGUGAUCAACUCCUUCGGAAUCCUGACUACCGGGUUCAAUGUGUACAUCAAUCUCGAUCGCAACUUCAACUUUUACAUAUCCAGCGUGCUCGUGCCAAUCGUAUUGACGGCUAUGAUGUGCAUGGCUGUGUUCUG